GCCCUCCGCUUCUCGCUUCGAUUGUUCGAGUCUUCAGACCGACCAAGAGGCAUUCCGAACCCCGGGACCUAAUGGAGAUUGACGCGAGGCAAUCUAUCUCAUCUCUCCUGGAACACGCUUUCGAACCCACUCGCCUACUUCUCUUUCCAAGACAAGCGGAACAUGCUGCUGACUACCCCACCUCCUAAACGCGUUCCAGCUGCACGGUUCUCUCCUCUCACACAUGGUCACCUCGCUCAAGGACAUACCGGAACUCCCUCAGGGACCAACCCCGGCUUACGGGCCCGAAGUCAGUUCGCAGCUCAUCGGCACCUUGCUGUCGUUUCUACUGGGCGGUAUGUUCUUUGUGCAAGUCUGCAUCUACCACACAUGUUUCAAGCGCGACCGCUGGCCGACUAGGGCACUGGUCGCCCUGCUCAUCUUUCUGCGCACCGUUCUGACCGGUGUCGAGGCGCACAUCUGGUUCGCAGAGGGGUUUGGCGACAUCGAGCGCUUCAUCGACGUGCACGACCUGCGCAUAUACACACCCGCCAUCGGCCCGCUCACCGCGCUACUCGUGGAGCUGUUCUUCUGCUACCGAAUCGUGCUGCUCGAGCGGAGGGCCUGGCCGGUGGCGCUGGGCAUCGCGCUGAUUGCCUUCGCACAAUGUGUGUGCGGAACUGCCUCGGGGCUGUUUUACUACCUCGGCGCGAAUCCGCACAGCGACCCCCGACACCAUACGUUCCUCGAGUUCACCCGCGCGUUCUUGCUAACUGGGGUCGUCUCUGCCGGUCUGAUCACCGGGACCACGUCGUAUAUCCUGCUGACCGCGCCCGUGACGCCCGCCACGCGGAUGGUGCUCAAGAACCUCGUCUGGCUCAUCGCGGAAACGAACGCGCUGUCCGCGAUUGUGGAGAUCGUGGCCUUUGCGCUGAUCAUGGCGUUCCCAGGGAGGCGGUACUUCAGUUGUUCGGGGAUGAUCUUGCCCGGGAUCUACGCCAACACGCUGCUCGCGACACUCAACCACCGCGCCAUAGCCGGUGUGCGAUCCCGCCGCAGCUCGGCGUUCUAUGCCCUCGACUCCAAUCCUGGCGCCGGUUUGCAAGAACUCGUCUCGGAGGUGGGCACCUUCCACUCCCGACCAGGCUCGUGGAUGCCACCGGAAUCCGUGGUGGCCGAAACGGCAAGCUAUGCGCUAUCCAGCACCGAUGGCGACUUUGCGGCCCGAACCAAUGAGACUUGUAGCAGGGCCAGUACGCCCAAUCCGCCUGGACUGGAAGCUCGCUCGAGUUCCGUCUCGACUGCGCACGCUAGCGUCCGGUCGAUGUUGUUUGCUGCGCGAGCGUCCGUCGAAUUGAGGGAGGAGGCUGAGAUUGAGAAGAUCGAGAAACGGUGGACAAGGGAGUUGGCAGUGGCCCGUCGGCUGUCCAGCGCGGAGACUCGGGAUAGACUAGCUGUAAAUCAGAUAAACUGAGUCAUGGCAAUGUGUCAUGCAUGUGCCAUUCUCAUUUCUCGCUUUGGACCAAGCGUUGGCAUUUGGAUCCCAAAGCCAUCCGCAGGAUCCAUGCCCGCGAGUCUUUUGGCCAAAGCGCGGCUGGUUAUAAGCGUCGCAGAGGACUGGUGCAGAGUAGUCACUCGCAAUCUGCUCGCCACCCCCAUGUCCCCCAUCAACACCCCUCCCUGCGUCCUUGCUCCAGGCAAGAGAAUGCGUUUCUGGAUGAUGCAACUGCAGUACAAGCUUUCAUUCGGGAAGCCGCUGACGGAUUUGUCCUCGGCGUUCCAUCAAUACGAACUUAUCCGUGCUGUGAUUCUCUAUGUUGGGCACCGGAUCAACGCUUGCGACCCACAGAGAAUGGCGCUGUACUCCCGCGUGGACCUGGCCCGUGUUGCUGCGGAAGCCGCGCCGACGCGGAUGGACUGUGGCGCGGCCCUGUCGUCUUUCGAACAAUUAGCACCAGAGGUCACGGCUUUAUUGAUCGUCCUGCGCCUGGUCACGGGUCAGGAGCUCCUGGAUGAUGCCGAGAUGUGUGAAUACGCCUCUCGACUCAUCGAUAGCUUCCAGACGGGCCAGCCGUUGCCGCCCCCACACUCCUCCGUCUCCACCAUGGCCAAGUCUGAUCGGAGCACGUUCGCUCCGCCUGGACACUCGCCCGGUCCCAAGCACCGCUGGGUCCCGGUCACGUGCCCGUCCAGAGUGUGUCCGUCGCACCAUCCAUUUGGCGGGGAAGUGAGUGUUGUGCGUUGGCUCGCGAUGCCCGUGCUAGUGACGAGGAAUUCGCGUGGUCAGCAGGUUUCUCUGUUGUCUGCCGAUUAGGACGAGUGAUUUGUAUACUUUGUAGCAGAGUGACGGACUAGAGCAUGUUCUGCAAUGGUUGCUUAUUCAAUGUACACUACUCACGAAAUCGAUUUGAGCCAUUGACACUUUGAAUUGGAUGCGC